UCACUGAUGGACUGAAACUAAACGUGAAUCUUUCCAAAACAUAGACGAUCUUUGGCAACAAGUGGGCGUUCAGUUUCUCACCACCUCCCUCCCUCCGUGGGUCAGCGUGGGCGGCCCCGUGUGGCAGGAGGAGAGCGAAACACGACACCCCGACAGAGGAAGGGGGGGCUGUUGAGAGAACACGAAGUGAGUGAGUGGAAAAAGAAAAAGUCUGUGCCGGAGAAAGAGAGGGGCAGAGAAAGAAGAACAGAGUUGGCUUUGGUUUUUUUUGUUCCUUUCAGAAGCGCCGCUGUUUUAACUGUCGGUGAGGAUGAUGAUGUGGAGGAGGAAUCUACCAUGCGACAUCGUUGCAACAAACGGGAUGAACAUUUAGACUCGUUGCAUUCCGCUGCUCCAGCACCGACCAACGGCAGCACGGCUCCUCCAAACUUCGUCCUGCGCCAUUCAGACCCGGGCGACUGGAUUUCCCCCCCAGAGGCUCGGGGCAACUUUUUUCGCAUCAGACGCUGCGUACUUAAAACUUAAAAUAACCAAGACACAAAACUUUUUUUUUUCAAGAAACGCCAAGGCGUCUAGAUAAAAAACGCAGAAGCUCACGAGAAGUUAGUUAGUUUUCAUCUUAAAAGCGAGCACAUGAUCGCUGCAGGUUCUUUUCUAACAAGCCACUUGUGAGAACAACACCGGAGGAAGGAGAGGGGUGUCACUGCUAACUUCGCUAGCCGCUAGCUAACAAAAGUCUAAAGUUACGAGUCGACGGAGAAAGUGACUGAAGCAGCACGCCGAAGACUACAACAAAGAUGAAAACCUCGGCAGACCCGGGGUUUGCAUUCCCGGAUUGGGCCUACAAGCCCGAGUCGAGCCCGGGCUCCAGACAGAUCCAGCUGUGGCACUUCAUCCUGGAGCUGCUGAGGAAAGAAGAGUACCACGAUGUCAUCGCCUGGCAGGGAGACUAUGGAGAGUUUGUCAUCAAGGACCCAGACGAGGUGGCCCGCUUGUGGGGGGCCAGGAAGUGUAAACCGCAGAUGAACUACGACAAGCUUAGCCGAGCUCUAAGAUACUACUACAACAAGAGGAUCCUCCACAAGACCAAAGGGAAGAGGUUCACUUACAAGUUCAACUUCAACAAACUGGUGCUGGUCAACUACCCCUUCAUCGACAUGGGCUCUGGUCGAGUCCCUCAGAGUGCCCCUCCAGUGCCAACCGGAAGCAGCCACUUCCGUUUCCCCCCCUCCACGCCUUCAGAUGUGCUGUCCUCCAGCGAGGAGCUGCGCAGCCCCGGCAUGUUCAGCAGCGUGGCUCGCCGCAUGGCCCGCGGCUCUGUGAGCGACUGCAGCGACGGCACCUCCGCCAACUCGGAGCUGGAGGAGGCCGUGGGGGCCGAUGAGCGAGGCAUUGGGCCUGAGAGGAUUUACAGGGGGCUGCUUCCUCCACGUCUGCCGCACGAUUCUUUCUUCAGGAUCUACCCGAACCCAACAGGGCUUGGCAGGCAUGGCCCCAGGGUGCACCCAGAUUCUCUGUCUCCUUUCCCUGUCUCUCCCCUGCCUGGCCCCGGGGGUAUUCUGGCCCAAAAUCUGUCCCCAGCCCUCUCCAUGACCCCCACCCCCCACCUGCCCUACACCCCCUCUCCCUCCAUGUCCUCUCCUAUGUUGGGCUCCCACUUCUCCUUCAACCCGGAGGACAUGAAGCACUACCUGCAGGCCCACACCCAGUCCGUCUACAACUACCACCUCAGCCCCCGAGCCUUCCUCCACUACCCGAGCAUCAUCAUCCCUCAGCCCCACCGCCCCACCCCGGAGAAGCCAGCCGCCCAUCACCUCCACUGCCCGCCCCUGCCGCUCUCUCAUUCGCUAGGCCAGCAGCUUGGAGGCGGGGACGAAAGGGAGCAGCACCCAUCACCCUUUAAGUUCAAGCUGCAGCCGCCGCCACUUGGGCGCAAACAGAGGGAUUCUGGGAGCUCAUUGGCUGCUGCUUCUUCCUCCAGCCAGUCCUCGUCAUUCACAGGGUCUAGUCAGAUAAUCAACUCUCCCUUGGCUGCAGGGCCUCCUAAGAUCAAGGUGGAGCCCAUAUCAGAUAUCGAGUCAGAUGAAGAGGUGGAGGUGACUGACAUCAGUGAGGAAGAUGAGAUCUAUCACAGUGACAAGGAUGAACAUGAUGACAUCUUCACCCCGAGAGCUCAUCACUAUCAUCAGCUCAACAACCAUCACCAAGCUAACGGAAAUGGGAGCAGCCUUUCUGCCCCUCCACACAGUAACCCUGAUGAAGACCCCGAUGAUGACGAGGAUGUCUUUAAGACUCCUGCCACUCCUUCCAUCAGCAGCCUGACAUUCCCUCUGAUCAACCUAAAGAGUGAGCCGGGUCAGGCAGCUCCCAUCAGCCCCUGCAUCCCGCUCAAACUCCGCUUCAAACGCCGCUGGAGCGAAGACCAAAAGAUGGAGGCGGACGGAGAGAGGGACGAGGCGGAGGAUAAGAAAGUGAGGGCUGAGGCAGAAGAGGAGAAGAGAGAGGAGGCCGGCAGGAGCAUGGGGGAGGCAGAGAACGGGGGAGGAAGAGCAGGAGCAGGAAGUGUUAUUUUGGGGUUGAUGCUGCCACCGCCUCCCACCCAACGCAGGGCGAGCUCAGAGCUGCAGAGGGCUACAGCCCAGCUGUCUCUGGAAAACACUGGCUGCUGAGCGCACACACACACACACAAGCGCACGCACACACAGGGUAUCCUGCUUAGAUACAAAAUUCACACCUCUCUGAGUCUAGUCUACAAACUUAAUAGAGUGCAGCAGGAAUGAGUCAGAAUGUUUUUGUGUUUUUGGUUAAGAAAUAAGGUCUGUAGUUAACACAAGCUUAAGAGAUUUUCAAGUUUUGUCCUACAACAUAAAAUAUGUUAGUAAAUACCCCCUUGUGAAUUUUAAAGCUUUUACAACUCUUAAAAAAGGAAACUCACAAGUUGAUUAUUGAGACGACUAAACGUCAUCACGCCGAACACGGGCAAACUCGCCUACUGUGGAGGUGAUGUGAAAAAUCUCAUUGGAUUUUGUCUAGGGAACCAGGCCCACACAAUACGUCUUCCCUGCAGCACUCUAUAGUUUUAGACCAUAAUGUCUUGUGGUUUCUUGGCAGCAGUAGUGUGCUUAAAGGUGAUUUAUAGAAACACACUUAGAUGUUGUCUGAAUAUGUAUAUGCAUCUUAUGUAGGAAAUUGUGUUUUUUGUUCAAUAAUUAAAGUGGUUGUUGGGCCCUGUUAACUGUCCCAAAAGCUCCUUAAAUUACCUAACAUAAAACAAAACGGUUUCCCUGCAUAUGUUACACCUACACUUUUACAAUAGAGUAAAGAAGAAAAUGUUACCAUAAAUACCUCUCAGGCAUCACUGUUUUCGCAGCAUCCACACUUUUUCCUUUGCACCUUCCUUUGCUCAGCCACCAGACAUUAUGGCCUGUGUUAAACCCUAAAACCUGUGUGUGUGUCUGUGUAGCCUUUAAUGCACGGCAAGGCAAGCCCCACCAAACAUGAACACAGCAGACAGUAUUUUUGCUGUGACUGACAACAUUAAGAGAUAAUCCAAUUUAGUCUAUUCUGACCCAUUUUUAACAUUAGAGUCCUACAGAGAGAGAGUCUACUCUUAAUAUCUUUUGGGAAUUUCACAUUGCCUUUUCAACGCCUCCUCGCCCUCAUGGCAGCAGUUACAUCUGCCUGGCAUCACACCUGUGCCCAGAUUAUGUCUCUUCAUUGGGUCUAUUUGUUUAUCUGGUGCAGUGAAACAAAUCCCCCUAAAGAGUGCAAAGGCAGCCUCAAUUGUACAGCAGUAGAUUUUCUCACCUUGAAGGUGGUGAGCCCUCCUCCUUACUUGCCCCCCCCCCCCCCCCUCUCUCCUCAUUUGUACAGACAGAUCCUAAUGUUACUUAAAAAAAAAACACUUUAACAGCCCUGAUAGAGAUUACAGAAGUGCCUCUUUGUCUGCAUCCAUCACCAAGCAGUCGUUUACAAGGGAGAAAAGAACUUAGACCUUGCUCCGAUGGAUCUUACAGACUGAAGAGGGUCAUUUAGAAAGAGCUCUCCAAUCAGUCUUUUCACUAGGAAACAACUAGGACACGUUGAGGCCGCAUCAGGGCCACACUUCAUUCACUACCGUGUAUAAAGACAUGAAAUGAGGAUGGAAUUGUACAUCUUGAGGACAGUCAAACUAAGCCUGUGUGGCAGAGGAAGAUUGUGAUGAACUGGCUUUAACCUCCUGACCUUUAACUUGCCACACAAGACGUUUGUUAGCCAGCAGAUGGAAGUGGUUUCCACUGUACAGAAGAAAAAAAACACCUUGGUCUCAGAGGAAAGAGCCGGAUCUUUCUUUCCUUUUCUCGUCACUUGUUGAGGAAAUGAGGAAGCAGCUACUAGAAAGGCUGUAAUUACAGAGACACUUGUUUCUGAAUGUGUGUACGUGGAUUCAAAGCUGGUGUAAAAAAAAAAAACCCACAAUUUUUGUGUCUCUGUGGGACUUCGCUCGAUCUUUCGAGGGGUUUGGAGGUUUGAGGGCAUUCGUGGUGUUUUCUCCCUCUAACAUACAGAUCAGCAGCUCUCUUCUGCUUUCCCCUCGUUUGUUUUUUUAAAGACUAUUCUUUCUGUCAAAGGAGUCGUGUGCCUCUAAAGAACAUGGACAGUAUUUUAGGACUGAGAUAUCGAGACAAGCUUAUUUUUAUGACGUUUUAUUUCAAAAAGAGAGAGGGAAAAAAAAAGACAGUGCGCCCAUUUUAACGAACAAACGAUUCCAAAUAAGAUUGUGCCUUUUUUAAGCCAACAAAGAGUUUUAUCACAUUACCCCCAGCAAAAUGUUUUUAUCACACACACAGUGCCGCCAUGCCUUCUGCUUUUUGUAAAAAAAAGAUAAAAAAGAUACAGAAUAAGUAAAUCUACACAUAUAUAUUUUAUUCAAAUAUAUAUUGAAUUUAAAUAUUAUAUUUCAAUAUGGUCAUUUGAUACAAAUCAGGAAAGUCCUACUAUUUUUAAAGGUAAAGAUAUGUAUAUAUUCUAAGGGGCAUAUUAUUACCAGUAUAAUUCAGCCUUUGCCUUCUCACCCUUGCCUUCUCUUGACCGUUGAGCUGCAGUGACAAAGGCCACCGGUAUCAGAGUUUUAUAUUUAUAUUGUAAAAAUAAUCAAAUCAGUUAUUGUGUAUUCAGGGGACGGGAUGAGGAUUAAUGAGUGAGCAGAAACGUUUUAACCAGACCUGGGUCAAACCAUAUUUACCUUGUUGGUGGACGUGUUUGUUUUAACAUGCCUGGAGUUGCACAUUAGCGUUUACCACAUGAGGCCACCGACAGGUGAAUUAAAGGUGUCCCGCAUGGUAAACCCCCCCCCACCCGCCCUGUAACUAAACACCUGAGUAUUCAGCAGCCACUGUUUGACCCCGAUCUGUUUAAAAACCGCGGAGGCGCAGGUGGUAGCGGGGAGCUGGUGACGGGACAGACCACGGUCCAAUCAGAAUCAUCAUGUGCGCUCUGAACACGUGAUGAUUCUGAUUGGACGACAGCAAUUUUUCUGUCCUGCGUCGCCUCGCAGGACCGCAGCUGCUGAUAUGACUGAACUUUGGUUUGAGCGUGGACUCUGGACUCGACCGGCUUUGUAUGAACCGGGGUGUGUAUGCGCUCGUCUGAACCCUGCCCACACACACACACACCCUGUCCUGGUUACAGUGAGGCUUUACUGUGGCUAGAAUAAAGGGAAACAUGACAUCACAUGUGACAUCAGACGCCCUCACAGUCUCUCUGGAGUAGACUGCAAACCAAAGAAAUUACACACACACAGAGGAAAUGGCAUCACGAGACCUCAGAGCGGAGUGGAGAGAGAGGGACUUCCCAUAACCUGACUCGCUCGGUGUGUACAUGCACAUGUGAAUGUGUGGUUUCUAUGGUUAUGCCAUCUACACACACACACACACACACUCCAACACAGCUUAGAAAAGACUGGCCAGAUGAAGUCUCGUCCCGGGUUAUUUAGUCCCAGUGUUCUUGUCCAGAUUGUCCAACCAGCUCCAGUCUCGUGGGUAUCUUAUUUUGAAUUAUUUUCUUCACCAGGCACAAAAAAAACUACAUCUCACCUUCUAAUUUUUAACAUUAUCAGCAUUAAAAAGAGUCAAACCUCCUACUUUCUGUCAUAAACUGUCAGGGGAGAUCACUUAAAGUGGCAGCAAAAAAACCAUUGUAGUGGUCCGAAAGGACGUAGAUGUAGCAGUUGACAAGUGUGUCUGGUAAAGAAGAAUCCGAGCUCCCAGCUGUACCUACACUGUUGCACCUGUGCUGCCUUCAAACAGAACACAAGAGAAUAACUGUUUCCCCACCGGGUCGAUAUUUUCACCCCUCGAUUUCAUCGAUGCUGUUCUUAUCAUUUUCUUCUGUAUUUUUUCAGACAUAUUACUGUUACUCUUGUAAUUAUUAUAUUAUUAACUUGACUAUUUUUGAUUAUUUUGUACCCUCUUGCCCAUGGCCCGGUCUCUUCUCCAUGAAGUAUGUGUUUGUUCCAGUUUUCACUCUUUCCCAUUAACUUCAACUAGUUGGCUUCAGUGCAGUCUUUUCUUUCUUUUUACUUGCUGAUUUUAUAACCAUGUUACUAUGGACAAGAGGAGGGUCACAUAAUCCCCACAUGAUAUACAGCAGGGGAAGAAACAAUUGUUUUCAUUUUUUAUGUUGUAUAUAUUUUUUUUUCCAUUUUGGAAGAUUGUGUAAGAAAAAAAGCUUUGUACUGUUUAACCAUUGUAUUAUUUGAAAUGCACCCUGUCCUCUCUGGUCGUCUCCGUUUGUCCUCUCAUGUCCACCUGGACUGUGAUCUGUCACUCCAGAGGAGAGACGGAGACUUUUUGUUUUUGAUCAUGGAGGAACCACCUGUACUAGUUUCUCUUCUAUCUGUUCAUCUUCAUUUGUAAUUAAACAAUAAUCAGGGUUCAUUAAAAAAGGUAAAAAUGGA